AUGUCGUCCUUCUUCGUCGAGCUCUGGGAGGGCAUCUUCACGCCCGGCCCCACGCCCACCAUCCUCAAAGCCACAAACAUCACCUUCGCCGCCCUGCAGGUCGUCCUGCUGUCCCUCCUGUUCGCGACGUACAGCGUGCACUUUGUCGUGCUGUCUGUGCUGUGCGGCGGGCUGUGGUGGUCCAUCAACUGGUUCGCGCGCGAGCUGCGGAUCGCGCAGGCGGCCGAGGAGAUGAAGAACAAGAAUAAGCAGCUCGACGAGAGGAAGAAGAGCGGCGAGGCGUCGGGGUCGAGCGAUACUGAGGUCGAGGGUAGAGUGACGAGGCGGAGCGCGAGGAAUAAGAAGAGUAGUAGCGCUGCUGCGGCCGGGGAUGUCGAGCCUGUGGAGAAGAAGGGGGAGGUGAAGCAGCGGCCGUUGACGGAGUCAGUGUCGAGUGUGAGUACGGAGGAUGAGUGGGAGAGGGUGUCUGAGAAUGAGAGAGAGAGGAAGUGA